AGCUCGUCCACUUUUGACAGCCUUCUAAGACAAUUUAAGAUGAAGCGUCUGCUUCUCCUGUGCAUAGGAUUGACCCAUGUUUUGGGCAAUGCCCAAAGUGAAGGCGGCGAUGCACUAUGCGUCUUUCCUCGGCCUCUCGCACACCCUUCAAUUUGCGGCAUCAAGGGUGCUGUAGACCCACUCACAACCACUCGAGACCGAGUUGUCUCCAACUCUUCGGCACUAUCAGUAAGCUCUCCCUGGACGAACAUUUCCCGAUGCUCCAUAGGCCAGCCUGAUUCGCCCGAGUUCUGCAUCUACACCAAGGAGGACUAUGGCGGCAAAGGCAUCGCUAUUAUUACCGAGGCCGUGACUGCCAAUCAUAUUGCCAGGAGUCAGGGGUUUACAGGAGAAAACUCUCUUCUCGGUGCCAAUCAGCUACUACCGAAGGUCAAGGUCGCAGCCAUUCCGGGCAAAGAAUACGGGCUGGUAGCUACGGAACGUAUUGCACGGGGUGAGGUGAUUCUCAAAGAGACGGCGAGUCUGCUAGUUGAUUAUGCGGUACUCGAAUGGAUGCCCCGGAAGCAGCUGGAGAUCAUGCGAGCUCAUGCCGUAGGUCUGUUGGGCUCUCGACAUCAAAGCCAGGUCAUGAACCUAUCCACCCACGGAUACCAUGGCGACGAGGCGUCUACCGUCGCUGCAAUUGCCAAGAACAAUAUGUUUUCCAUCAGCACCAAUAGCAGCCAUACUGAUGACCGUUUCUAUGCAUUAUUCGCCCAAACUUCUCGUCUAAAUCACGAUUGCCGCCCGAACAUCGACUACUGGUUUGACCCUCGAACACUGACACAGCGGACAACCGCUCUUCGCGAUAUUGUCCCCGGCGAGGAGCUCACCAUUAGUUACGUCGAGCCUUUGCAGUCUCGCAAAGAUCGACAGAACCGUCUGCACUCCAAUUGGGGCUUUAGUUGCAGCUGCCACUUCUGUACGCAGUCUGAUCUCAAGUCUGAAGCAUCAGAUAAACGUAUCACAAGAGCCUACUUUCUGCUCGAGGAAUUGAAGGACCACUCGUCUCAAUCGCAGGCCACCCCACAAAUGGCCGAGCUGCUUAUAUCGCUUUAUAAUCAAGAGCACAACUGGAGCUUUCUCAGCGAGGCAUACAUGCUCGCUGCGAUUGAAUACAACGGUGUUGGGGAGCCAUGGCUUGCGACAAAGUAUGCCAGUUUAGCAAUCGAUGCUGGCCUCCUUUCUCUGUGGGAGGACCAUAGGCACGUCAAAGAUAUGGAAGAUCUCGCAAGGGAUCCGUGGUCACAUUGGAGUUGGACGAUGAGAAAACACUAGAGGUGGGCAGGAGCACGAGUGCAAAUAGCAGGUGCUUGAAAGUUGAGCAGAACUAUAUUUUCACGGCAGCCCAUCUUUGUGUGAAAAACGUCUAUGGGAAUAAAUUUCAG